UCAUUUCUCUCACCUCUAAUGCCAGGAGUUAUUUCGCGAAUUUAAUUUUGAUUUUUGUUCUUCCCCUGAUUAGGAGUCAAACAAAUUCUUGAAAAUUGGAAUUGCUAGUUUAAGUAGACGUGCAUUAGUAAAAUGAGUCGAGACAUCAUCGCGCCUCCUGUGUUAGCCAUGAGCCAUAACCGGCGCUAUCGUGUAAAUAUCGUCCAUGAAGUCUUUGGAGGAGACAAAUGGAACUCCAGCAAGAAAAGUACUUCUGGUCAGCAGAAGGGCUACGAAGAACCAGAUUUGUAUGCCGAAGACGACUACGAAGAUGAUGAGGAGGCCAAUAAAAUAGAAACAACUGCUGAUGGUAGCUUUCUGUUGAAUUUACAUGUGCCCAAAUCGUUUUAUGGUGGAAUAAUUGGUUUUAAAGGCUCGACCAAACGUCGCAUCGAGGAGGAAACCCGCGUGGACAUCUAUGUACCUCGACAAAAUGAGAAUUCCAAGGACUUGCAAAUCAAGGGCAAAGAACGAAGCCAGGUUUGUGCAGCGUUGCGCAAGAUUCGUUUACUUGUUCAAUCCCUACGAAGGCGCAUGAAGCCCACACACUUUCUGGCAGUAGCCUUGAAUGCAGGACAAGUGCAAGACAAGUUUUCGGAGCUAAAAAAGAGUAUUUUGGAGGCCCAGUUGCCUGGCAUUGAUGAGGCACUGUUUAUAUCAGAACGUUCCAUUCACAUCACCUUGGGAGUUUAUGUCCUUCUCGAUGAUGCUGAGCGUCAGAAAGCUGUGGAACAUUUGCAGACUUGCAAGCAGUUUUUAGACGGUUUGACCACACCAUUUGAAAUGAAAGUGAAGGGAUUGGAAAUUAUGAAUGAUGAUCCGAGCUCCACACGUAUACUCUACGCUGGUGUUGAGGCACCGGAGUUGCAAAAGUUUGCCGACAAAUGUCUAGGAUCAUUUCAGACCACAGGUUUGUGUGCCACUGAUAACAAUGAUAGAGAGUCAAUCAAGCUUCACAUGACAGUGCUGAAUAAUCGUUAUCGCAAAAAAAAGGACGAGAAAUGCGCCAACAGCUUUGAUGCCCGUGCGAUUUUGAAACGUUUUGGCGAGCAUGAUUUCGGAACAGUCCAAUGCAAUGCAGUCCAUUUGUGUGUCCUGGGCUCAUCAGGUGACUCCGAUGAUUUUUAUAAGAUAACCGGCAGCUUGAACUUUUAAAAAAGAACAUCAAUAAAAGAGAAUGGAGAUUUUGUAUUCAGUUUACACACA